AUGCUCUUCGCUCUGCUCUGCACCCUCCGCAUGUCCGACUUCUUUGCGGCAACGGACAGGAUCCGCUUUGCUUCUCUCUUCACAGAACGCAUCUUCGCGAUUGCGCCAUUCGCGACUGGCCAGUUUUGUGUGGCCAAAAGAGCUGCCACGUUCGAGUUGACACGAUCCGAUCGAGAAGUGGCAUCUUCCGCCGCUCUCGUCUCCUCGGUCCCACUCGGCCCUCCUCAGACCUUCGUCGCGGAUGUACCAGUGCCUCUCUCUCUCUCUCACUGGCGUCUGUCUCUUCAAUCCUGUCGUCCGCCUGCAUGGGCCACUUGGCCGCAUGUGAUCCGGCUUCUCCACUCGACGAUGAUGGACAGACGGAAGAGGCAAUCGGCUGCUCUUUCACUCCACGAAACGCCUCUUCAACACCUCUUCAAUGCGCAACUGGCACACUUUUCCGCUCGCUGCCCUCCUUCUCCUCGUCACACAAUCAGGAAAACACACCUUCAUGCAAACACAUGCACACGUACACACAUGCUGGCACUUUUCAAUGACAAACCAACAGACCAACUUCCCCCAGUGCUCCAGCAAAGGGAGGAUCGUGAACUCGAACACUUGGCUCUCCUGACCGGGACUCGAAUGAAGGAGAGAAUGUGCGGCGAGAGUGGCCACUCGAGUGGGUCAGAAGAGAGAAUAGCUGCGCAUCUGCCGCUUCGUAUGGGCCUGCAUGUGUGCUGA